AUGGGAUCGAGAAUCGGAAGUUCUAAGACAAAUGCAGAGGCGCUCUUGCUCUAUAGGGACGUGACUUUGGCCGUUCUUCGCAAUUUUCCUGAGAGCAAAAGGGGAUCAGAACUUCUACAUCUUCUAGAGGACAAACAGCUCGCAAUUCUUGUCACCUCAAUGACUCCUUGGAUUUGGGCUUCGUUCUCAGGUCCGGUUCUCAGAGCAUCUGAGAGAAUCGAGAGCACGAUCGAAGACGUUUGCACUCAAAUGAAAUCAUGUUUGGAUACUUUGGACAAGCCAGUCGAAUCAGAUGAGCCCUACGACAAGCUUGUUGAUCUGGUCGUCGAAGAAUACAAGGACUCCAAAUACUUCAAGUGA